AUGGGUGAUCCGAUCAUCACAACAGAAUUGGACGUUCCUAUCCUCAAGCCUCUGCAAAAAUCUGGGCAAUCUCCUUUCCAAGCCUGUGAAGUCAAUGACAUCUCUCACGAAGAGAAGUUACCUCAAAAUCCUUCACAAUGGAGGCCAUCAUUCCAUAUCACAGCACCAGCAGGAUGGAUCAAUUACCCAUGUGGAUUGGGAUACGACCCAACAACAGGAUUAUAUCAUUUAUGCUUCCAAUGGAACCCACACGGGAAUGAUUGGGGCAAUAUCUCCUGGGGUCAUGCUACAUCCCCAGAUCUCGUAUCAUGGACGACAUCCACCGAUCCAAUCUUGGCGCCAUCUGCUGAAUACGACUGCCGUGGUGUGUUUACCGGAUGUCUACAGGCAACUGAUGCCUCUGGACACCCGGGAGCUCUCACAAUCCUAUACACGUCCGUGAGACAUCUCCCAAUCCACCACACGCUACCAUACACACUUGGAAGUGAGUCUCUCAGUUUAGCUGUCUCACAAGACGGAGGCAAUACAUGGGAACGCCAGGAUUGUAACCCGGUACUCACUGGCCCGCCUUCACAUCUCAACGUGACGGGCUGGAGAGAUCCGUUCAUCACAACUUGGGCUGAAGGUCCUCUUUCCAAACACGCACCAUCAACACUAUAUGGGUUUAUAUCAGGAGGAAUUUCCAAGAAGACUCCAACAGUCUUUGUCUAUACUGUCCAAGCAACAGACCUCGGCAAAUGGGACUUCAUUGGCCUAUUGGUCGACGUUGGCCUUAAUCUACGACCAUCUCGCUGGUCUGGUGACUACGGCGUGAACUGGGAAGUCGCUAAUCUAAUAACUCUGACCAAUGAUACCGGCAUGUCGCGGGACUUCAUCAUCAUGGGAGCCGAGGGCUGUGGGCCGUUAGAUAGUUCAAACCAAGGCGCGGUCCAAGAAGCACGCUGGAAACGAGAAGCCCGAGGCCAGCUCUGGAUGUCUGUCAAAUCUAACGGAGAAAAGAAAUCCUCUUCUACAGAUGGCCCUCUGGCCUCAUAUGCAUUCUCCGGUAUCUUCGAUCACGGCUGCUACUAUGCAGCCAACUCGUUCUACGACCCUCAAACCUCGCAACAUAUCGUCUAUGGCUGGAUCACGGAAGAAGACUUGUCUAAUUCUCUGCGUCAUUCCCAAGGAUUCAGUGGCUUGGUUUCACUUCCUCGUAUGGUGGGAUUGAUGACAUUGAAAAAUGUCAAGAAGGCACGGAGCUCGCAGUUGAGUUCGAUUACUUCAAUUGAGGCAGUCGCUGAUGCACUUGGUACUGGUACCUUCACGGUCCAUACUAUGAAAAUCAGUCCUGAUAGCCGUCUUACGCGGCUGAGGCAAAGUGCCCAGGAGAGACACCUCGCUGGCGUUGCCCUUUCUGCAUCAUCUUCACAAAGUGCUACACUGUUGGGGACAUCUAAAUGGGAAAUCGACGCCGAAUUUUCUGUUAGUAGAUCAUGUGCACGUGUGGGUAUCAAGAUUUUACAUACUUCUGAUGGUCGGAACUGUACGACCCUUUCAUGGGAUCCACGAAGUGAGACCUUCGAAAUCCAUCGACCACUGAUUGGCAACGCCGAAGUAAACCAUGGCUAUGAAACUGCUCCGCACACGCUCUUUACCUUCUUGAAUGAGGGGGAUGAAGAGGUUGAAGAGACGCUUCGGGUACACGCCUUCUUUGACUCAAGUGUAUUAGAAGUGUUUGUCAAUGAUAGAACGGUCACCUCUACUCGAAUCUACCACCCAGCAGAUCAUUGCUUUGGGCCAUUGUUCUUUGCAGAGUCUGAUGCUGGAGUGAAUGAUGAGCAACCAGCUGCAGUUCUCGUGCGAGCUUCUAUUUGGGAUGGUCUUGGUGUACGAGAAUUAGUGGAUACACCCUCAAGGUUGUAG